GAGGAGGGAGCGGCCGCCACCGCCGCCGUGCGCUCGCGGGGCCCGGGCGGAGCUGCGCAGUCCGCGGCAGCUGCGCCAGGACAGAGGCGCGCCGCCGUGCCCACAAGUUGCCGGCAGCCAAGCGCCGCGCCGCCUUCUCCCGCUCUCAGCCUCCUGCGCCCACCCGGCGGCGGUCGCCGGCGCCAAGACGCACGUCCCGCGAGCAGCGACCCCAGAUGUAAAGCGGGACCGCAGUCCCUCGCCCCCCGGCGCAAUCGACGGUCUCGCCAGAGUCUCCUCUGCCAAACCCCGCGGCUGGAAGAUGUGGCAGCCAGCCACUGAGCGCCUGCAGCACUUUCAGACCAUGUUGAAGUCUAAAUUGAAUGUCCUAACACUGAAAAAGGAACCUCUCCCAGCGGUCAUCUUCCAUGAACCAGAGGCCAUCGAGCUGUGUACCACCACGCCACUGAUGAAGACACGGACUCACAGCGGCUGCAAGGUUACAUACCUGGGUAAGGUCUCCACCUCGGGCAUGCAGUUCUUGUCAGGCUGCACAGAAAAGCCUGUCAUUGAGCUUUGGAAGAAACACACGCUAGCCCGAGAAGAUGUCUUUCCAGCUAAUGCUCUCCUGGAAAUCCGACCCUUCCAAGUGUGGCUCCACCACCUCGACCACAAAGGUGAGGCCACGGUACACAUGGAUACCUUCCAGGUGGCCCGCAUUGCCUACUGCACCGCCGACCACAACGUGAGCCCCAACAUCUUCGCCUGGGUCUACCGGGAGAUCAAUGACGACCUGUCCUACCAGAUGGACUGCCACGCUGUGGAGUGCGAGAGCAAGCUCGAGGCCAAGAAGCUGGCCCACGCCAUGAUGGAGGCCUUCAAGAAGACUUUCCAUAGUAUGAAGAGCGACGGCAGGAUCCACAGGAACAGCUUAUCCGAAGAGGUUUCCCAGGAAUUGGAAUCCGAUGAUGGGUGAAUGAACUGGGGAUGCUCCCGCGAAGGCAGCAAUGGUCAAAGAAUUCAUGAUGAUAGAUGAAUAAGCAACAAUUCAAAUUUGGGAUGAAAAGACUGCUGAAUCAUUGGCCCACCAAGCUUUUUAAAUCCAGAAGAGCAAUUCUAAAUAUAAAGAAAUGUAUUGUUAAAGUAAUUAUGUGACAUUGAAAUCUGCUGCGCUGUGAGACUGUAAGGAGGGUGGGAGUAUGCAUGGGGAGGAAGAUUCUCUUAUUCUUUUUUUUUUUCCUCUUAUUUCCCAGCACCUCCCCAUGGGAAAUCUCCAUGCUGAUUGUUACGAUUCUCAGGCUAUUACUUUGAGGUUCUUAUUUGAUGAAUCAUUCCAAUUUGCCUUAUGAAACCUAACAAGAAUGUUAGAUGCACCUAUGGGAUCCCUGGUGGGGAGCAGGGGCUGGGGAAGGGGUACCCCAGGCUGGUGUGGGGGCCUCAGGGCUGAAAGGGCAUUUCAUGAUGACUCUGAAAGCUCCUGUCCCAUGGCAUGUUUCAGAUUCUCUCCUCAGUAUGUGAAUCAGCACAGUCGUUAUUGAGCUUUACAACUAACAACCUGAUCGUUGGCAGUUAAUUUACAGUUAAAGGUAUUGCUUUCAUUUACAUAAACAUAUCGAGUAGUAUCCUUUUAUUAUAUUCACUUCACUUAUUUUCUUAGAACACUUGCAACUAAUAAUAUUCCUUUCCCUCCUCCUGCCCUGUCUACACCCAUUCCCCUUCCAAAUCAUGCCAACAUCCCUACAGGGCUGGAUUCUCAAUGAACACUGAAGGGCACCCAAAGGGAAGAAAAUAACCAAGCAAAUGAAAUAAAUAAUCACAUGAUUUUAAAGCAACAGUCAUAAUAAUAGAGACCCCAGAAAAAAAAAAAUGCAUUAUCAACAAGUGAACAGUCUCCUUGGACACUUGUUUUUUUUUUCCAGCCCUGAAUUAUGGAGAUUUAUUUUGAUAGUCCUGUCUGAUAAUAGCUUCAAAUUGGAUGUAAUAUGACCAGGGAAGCCUUGCCCCAAUCAUUCAACAUUGCAGUCAAAUAGGGAAUCAGUUAUAUAAACUUGGAACUUGUCUAAGUUUAUCUAAGCCAUCUUCAUCUAAAGAGAAACCUGAUCUCGUUAUCAUUAGUGAUAUGUUAGGGUCAGAGUUGCCAGUUUGUUCAUGAUUGUGGAUAAGAAGUUUUCACUAAGAAAGCCUGAGAUCUUUAAGUGUCAUAAAUGCAAAGAGUCAACAUCAAUGAAAAUUGAGUUUUUGUUAAAAUAUGUACAUUUAAGGCUGAGAGCAGAUGACUAGUUUUCCAGGUGAUACUGCCCCUUGCUCAAAGUCUGUUUUUAGUCCUGGUAAUGGUAGGGGCACUGGGCACCUUCUAGAAGCCUUAAAUGAGAGCUAAUCGAAUCUAGAGAGUGAUGGCGCCAAUGUUUUGGUCUGUGUAUUUGUCUGUUUCUGUAUGCAUUUGUGUGUGUGAGUGUGUGUGUGUGUGUGUUUGUGUACGUGUUCCUGCGUGUGGGUCCAGUUUUAAGGCAUGUAGAAUAAGCAUGGAGUCAUGUUGAAGAAGACACCUCCUGAAGAUAUGCUUGUUGCUUUACAACAUAUGUAAACUAUUCUUUAGCAUAAAUGCAUUCAUUCUUUAAUAAAAAUAUGUUUGCAUUAA